CCCCUAAACCUCGCUAACUCUGUAAAUCUCCCGCCUCUCCUGUUCAGUUCACACAGAGACAGACAAGAUGGCGGCGGCAGCGACAAUGAUGCCGUUUUUCGGGCAGCGAAUUUCUUCUAAAAAUGACUUGGUACCGGACUGGGUCAGCCAGGAAGUCAGCACCGGGACGACCAUCAUGGCGGUGGAGUAUGAUGGAGGAGUGGUGAUCGGUGCUGACUCUCGUACGACCACAGGAGCCUACAUCGCCAACAGAGUCACAGACAAACUGACUCCGAUCCACGACCGGAUCUUCUGCUGCAGAUCUGGAUCAGCGGCCGACACUCAGGCCAUCGCUGACGUGGUCACCUACCAGCUGGGCUUCCACAGCAUCGAGCUGGACGAGCCCCCGCUGGUGGAGACGGCGGCCAACCUGUUCAGAGCGAGCUGCUACCGCUACAGAGAGGAGCUGACGGCCGGGAUCCUGGUGGCCGGCUGGGACCGGAGGAAGGGGGGGCAGGUGUACUGCGUUCCUAUUGGUGGGAUGUUGGUGAGGCAGCCGGUGUCGGUGGGCGGCAGCGGCAGCACCUACAUCUACGGCUUCAUGGACUCCAACUACAAACCAGGACUGAGCAAGGACCAGUGUCUGGAGCUCACCGCCACAGCCCUGUCUCUGGCGAUGGAGAGGGACGGCUCCAGUGGGGGUGUGGUCAGGCUGGCGACCAUCUCAGAGGAGGGAGUGGAGAGACGGGUCAUCCUGGGAAACCAGCUGCCCAAGUUCUCCACACACUGAACACACACAUACACACACACACACUCACACAGUCACUGAACACACACAGACACACUCUGUGUCCAUGUAGUUGUGUUAAUAAAGGUUUGAAUCUGA